AUGGGCAGCAGAGGUUUGGAUGAGCUCAAGCUUAUGGAGGGUGCAAGAUGGGAGGCCAACCGGGGGAACAUUAGGAUAUCUAGGGAUAACGAAGAUAAUUGUGACAGUCAUCUGGUGUCCGAUUUACUUCAGUUGGCUUUUGAUUCCUCUUCGGAGUUCUCAAGUAGUCAUAGCCCUGGCUUCGCAAAGCUGAACAGAAGAGAUGGUGCUGGUGGAUGGUCACCCCUGGAAUCUAACAAAUACCAAUGGCUGCAGAUGGACCUCGGUGAGAGAACAGAGGUCACUGCCGUGGCAACACAAGGGCGUUAUGGGAGCUCGGACUGGGUGACGCACUAUCUGUUAAUGUUCAGUGACACGGGAAGAAACUGGAAGCAGUAUCGUCAAGAAGACAGCAUUUGGGCCUUCGUGGGGAACUCUAAUGCAGACACUGUUGUGCACCACAAGUUGCAGCACUCUAUCAAAGCCAGAUUCCUUCGCUUCGUUCCUCUUGAUUGGAAUUCUAAUGGACGAAUUGGAAUGAGGGUUGAGAUUUACGGCUGCUCUUACAAAUCGGAUGUUGCUGACUUCGAUGGGAAGAGCUCAAUAUUCUACAGGUUCAACCAGAAGAGCUUGACCACAGUGAAGGAUGUCAUCUCCCUAAAGUUUAAGACAAUGCAAAGUGAUGGAGUGGUCCUGCACGGAGAGGGGCAAUGGGGAGAUUACAUCACGCUGGAACUGAAGAAAGGCAAACUCUCAUUGGAGAUCAGUUUAGGUGAUGCAACACUUCAAACUAUUAAUGGCCAUUCCUCUGUCAUCCUGGGCAGUCUCCUGGAUGACCAACACUGGCAUUAUGUUGCAGUUGAGCGAAAUAAGAAGCAAGUGAACUUUACAGUGGAUGCGGACACACAACACUUUCGAACCAAAGGGGAAUUCGAUGUUUUGGAUAUUGAUUAUGAGCUCAGCUUUGGAGGGAUUCCAGUUCCAGGCAAAUCAGUGACUUUCCUGAGGAAGAACUUUCAUGGCUGCAUUGAGAAUCUCUAUUACAAUGGAGUGAAUAUUAUUGAUCUGGCCAAGAGACGCAAACCUCAGAUACACAUUGUGGGGAACGUGACAUUUUCCUGCACGGAACCACGCAUCGUUCCGGUCACGUUCAUGACUUCCAGUAGUUACUUGCUGCUGCCGGGAACAAAUCAAAUGAAUGAAUUAUCUGUCAGCUUCCAAUUCCGUACCUGGAAUAAGGAUGGUCUGCUGCUGUACAAUGAACUGCACAAAGCGUCUGGAGCUCUGCAGAUUCACCUCAGUGAUGGUAAACUGAAAGUAACUGUUCAUAAAUCAACAAGGAGCCAGGCUGACAUCACUACAGGCACCAACCUGAAUGAUGGACAGUGGCAUGCCGUCCAUUUGAGCACCAGACGGAAUCGUGUCAGUGUUAAGUUGAAUGGCGAAGCUGCUUCGACUGCUCACGCCACCAUGCCCAUGCAGAUGUACUCAGGGAGCAGCUAUUAUUUUGGAGGCUGCCCUCGAAGUGUCAUUGAUGCUGGAUGUUCAAACACCAUCGGUGCCUUUCAAGGCUGCAUGCGACUUUUUUCAAUAGACAACCAGCCAGCCAAUCUCAUUCUGGUGCAACAAGGCUUGCAAGGCAACUUCAGUGACAUACAAUUAGACUUGUGUGGUAUCAUGGACAGGUGUCUACCAAAUUACUGUGAGCAUGGCGGAGAAUGCUCUCAGUCCUGGAGUACCUUUUACUGUGACUGCACAGGGACUGGUUAUACAGGAGCCACCUGCCAUAACUCCAGGUAUAAGCAGUCCUGUGAGACGUACAAACACACAGGGAAUACAUCAGGCUUCUUCUCCAUUGAUCCAGAUGGCAGUGGCCCACAGGGACCUUUGCUUGUCUACUGUAACAUGACAGAAGAUAGAACCUGGACCAUAAUUCAGCACAACAACACGAAGGAAACCAAAUUACAUGGCUCUCCCAGUCAUGCUGAGCCUUUCAGCAUGUCCUUCAACUAUAGCGCCAACAUGGAGCAGCUGCAAACCAUGAUUAACAGCGCUGAGCACUGUGAGCAGGAGAUUGCCUACCACUGCAAGAACUCGCGCCUCCUGAAUACACCUGGUGGGACACCAUUCACCUGGUGGAUUGGGAGGACCAAUGAGAAGCAGACUUACUGGGGAGGUUCAUCACCAGGCGUUCAGAAAUGUGUCUGUGGAUUGGAGGGGAGCUGCUUGGAUACCAAGUAUCACUGUAACUGCGACGCUGACAGAGAUGAAUGGACCAGUGACAAAGGCCUCCUUUCACACAAAGAUCACUUGCCUGUGACUCAGAUUAUUAUUGGAGACAUUAACAAGACGGGCUCUGAAGCCACCUACAAGCUUGGACCAUUACGUUGCCAUGGUGAUGGAAAUUACUGGAACGCAGCAUCGUUCAACACUGAGUCCUCGUAUCUCCAUUUUCCUACGUUCCACGGUGAACUCAGCGCGGACAUUUCAUUUUUCUUCAAAACGACUGCUUCCUCAGGGGUUUUCCUGGAGAAUCUCGGAAUUAAGGACUUCAUAAGAAUCGAGCUGAACUCCCCAAUGGAAGUGCUGUUCUCAUUCGAUGUGGGUAAUGGUCCAUCAGAGGUUAUUGCGAAGUCAUCCACUCAUUUGAACAACAAUCAGUGGCAUUAUGUCAGGGCAGAGCGAAAUAUCAAAGAGGCAUCCCUUCAAGUGGAUCACCUGCCAAAAAAAGCUCAAGAGGCCCCAGAUGAUGGACACAUCCACUUACAGCUCAACAGCCAACUAUUUGUAGGAGGAACAGCUUCAAGACAGAAAGGAUUCCUUGGGUGCAUUCGAUCCCUGCAAUUAAAUGGGGUGACUCUUGACCUUGAGGAAAGAGCAAAAAUGACCCCAGGGGUCAAGCCAGGAUGUCCAGGACACUGCAGCAGUUACGGCAAUCUGUGCCAUAAUGGGGGGCGAUGCAUCGAGAAAUAUAACGGCUAUUCCUGUGACUGUGGCCACUCUGCUUACGAUGGACCGUUCUGUAAGAAAGAGGUUUCUGCGAUCCUGGAAGCUGGGACAUCUUUGAUUUAUAAUUUCCACGAGUCUUAUGGAAUUGGCAAAAAUGUCAGCACCCACUUGUCCGCCAUUUACUCAGACAUGACGCUUUCGAGGGAGAACAUUGAGUUCAGCUUCCGGACCACACACACUCCAAGUGUGCUGCUUUACGCAGACUCCUAUCAUCAGGAAUUUAUGGCAGCUGUUUUGUGCAGCAAUGGGAGCCUCCAGAUCAGAUACAAGCUAGAUAACAAUAAAGACACCGAUAUUUUUAGCAUCGAUGGCAUGAAGUUGGCAAAUGGACAACUCCACAGUGUGAAGAUUGAUCGGGAAGGGAGAGAUGUCUACGUUCAGAUUGAUCAGCUCCCAACGCUGAGAUUCAACCUGUCAUCGGGGACUGACACAGAAUUCAAUGGGAUGAGGUCCCUGAUCCUGGGCAAGAUUGUGGACAGUACCGGGUUGGACAAGGAACUUCUGAAGGCGAACAUGUGGGGAUUCAUUGGCUGUCUUUCUACUGUCCGGUUUAAUGGGAUUGUGCCAUUGAAGGCUGCCCUCCGUCAUCCCAGCACGGCACUGGUCACUGUCAAGGGUCAUUUGGCUGAGUCAAAGUGCGGCAUUUCAGGAUCGGCUGGCUCUCGGGCAAUCACAACAACCCAUCCACUAGCAGAUCACCCUGGGGCAAUUGAGGAGGGCAAGCUCCAAACAAAUGCAAUAAGGAGUGACUCAGCAGUCAUUGGAGGCGUGAUAGCAGUGGUGAUCUUUGUCGUCCUCUGUGUCGUUGCUGUAAUGGGACGCUUGUUAUACAGACACAAAGGCACGUACCGCACCAACGAAACAAAGGGAGCAGAAUAUGCUGAGAAUGCCGACACCACACUGAAGAACAAUGCCAAUUACCAGGACUCCAUUAGUGAAGGCAAGAAGGAAUAUUUCAUCUGACAGCAAUACAGGCCCUCCUCGUUACUACAGUUAUAGCAGCAGAUUAAUAACACUAACAGCUGGGAUUUGCUGUCUGUGCUAUGAGUUAGCUCCAGACUCUGCAGACUAAAUGGCCAAAUGUUAUGUUCAAAGUACAUGGCACAUGACAAAUGACUGGUUUACACUUCUGUUCACCUUGUCAGGACAGGGAUAUAACCUAUUGUUUCCUGCUAACUCUAGGUCAGCUCAGGGGAGUAGAAAUAAGAAUUUUGUAAACUCC